AGCUGGAGGAUAUAUAAGCAAAGCUCUAAACUUGUUCUCCUCACAGAAUCUGCUCGACUUUCUCUCCACGAUGAAGCUAAUGUUUGGAGCUCUGAUCCUGGUUCUGGCUGUGUCCACAGCAUAUGGACUGAGAUGUUACGUCUGUGUAACCGCCGACGGCAGCCCCUGCACAACCAUCCUGACUUGUCCUGCCAGCAUGGACCGAUGUUCCACACUCAGUGCUCUGGGUAUCACCACUAAGAACUGUAUGGUGAGUGCAGCAUGCGUAAGCCCAAUAAAAUGCUGUAACGGGGACCUGUGUAACAGUGCCAUACCAACUGUUCCCAGUGUCCUGCUCCUGCUGCUGUCUUCAGCCAUCAUCACUNGUAAGAAACCGCCUAAAGGAAAUGGGAUUUACAUCCAGAAAAGCUAA